CCGAGACUUGCGUUACCAAAUUGAUAAGAAAUUUUUCAUCAAGAAAUCAAAUAAAAUCAGAAAUAUAAAACUUAUCAGGUCAGUCUUGUGUUACUGUUCAAGAAGUGCAAAUCGUCAAAAACUCAUCAUGUCAAAAUUUGUUCGUCCAGAAAGCCUUAGCUUCCCUCAAGUUUACCAUACAUUUAAAGCAAAGAACAAGGCUGGUGAUGCUGAAAUCGAAUAUGAAAUUAAAGAUUUGCCAGAAAGCUUAUUUGAAGCUGCUUUGGAAUUAUUGACAAGUGAUUUUGUUCCUGAUGAAACAAUCUGUGCUGCUAAGAACAUCACUAGCAAUGAGGCAGCUAUGAAUGAGAUUCGUUACUUCUGGCAUAAAUUGAUGAAAGGGGGAUUCUCUGUUGGAUGCUUUGCAAAUGAUGGCAGCAAUGAUCUUGCUGGUUUGGCAGUUAUGACAGUUUUUAACAAGGGAGAUCCACGACCAGGUGAAUUGAAGCCAAAUGAACAAGACACUAAGGACAUCUUGGAUCUUUUGAGAUUUGUUUUCAAUGAAUAUGACGUCUAUGCAAAAUACAACGUCGAAUCAUACCUUAGUGAAUGUGCAAUGUGCACAAAGAAGGAAUACCGUAAUCGUGGAAUCGGAACUGAACUCAUCAGAUCACGUACCAACCAACUAAAGGCUUUAGGGCUCCAACUUACAUCAACAGCAUUUACAGUCAUUGGAGGACAAAAAGGAGCUGUUAAAGUCAGCCAUACUGAUGGAUUCCAAAUUUCAUACGAUGAUCUUCAAAAGAAAUAUCCAAGCUUUGAUUUCUCAAAGAAAAAUACCGAAUUCUUGAAAAUCAUGGACUUUAAGAUUUAAAAAACCAAAAGUGUGUUUGUAAUCUUAUCGGGAUUUUGCAGUAAAAGCUGCACAUGUAAUCACACGACACAUCUGUUUACGUUGAUAAAGUAAAAAUAAAGUUAAUGCAAAGGUU